AAAAAAAAAAACAAUAAUCUCUCUAUAAAGUAAUUUUUUAAAUACAAAACUCUUUCUGUUUUUCUUCAUUAAUAAAAACAGAAGAACACGCAGUACACGAGAGUUCAUCUUUCGUUUUUUCAAAAAUUUUGGAUCACAGAAAGAGACUGUACUUUCUUAGUUUCAUCGGAACAACAAGAUCAUUCAAUCAAAUAGGUGAUUCUUGGUGGUAAUUAAUAAUGUGGAAAUUAAAGAUCGCUGAAGGUGGAAAUCAAUGGCUCCGUACAACAAACAAUCACAUAGGCAGACAAAUUUGGGAAUUUGAUCCAAAUCUCGGUACACCGGAAGAACUGCAGGAAAUCGAAAAUGCUCGUGAAUCUUUCCGUAAUCACCGAUUCGAGAAGAAACACAGUUCAGAUCUACUCAUGCGUAUUCAGUUUGCGAAGGAGAAUCAGAGUAGUAGUGGUGAGUUGUUAGAGCAAGUAAAAGUGAAAGAUACAGAAGAUGUGACAGUGGAAGCAGUAACUACGACGUUGAGAAGAGCUAUUAGUUAUCAUUCGUCGAUUCAAGCACAUGAUGGACAUUGGGCUGGUGAUUAUGGAGGUCCUAUGUUUCUUAUGCCUGGAUUGAUUAUUACUCUACAUACUACUGGAGCACUGAAUGCAGUGUUGUCUGCAGAGCAUAAAAAAGAGAUGUGUCGUUAUCUUUACAAUCAUCAGAAUGAGGAUGGGGGUUGGGGUCUACAUAUUGAAGGACCAAGUACAAUGUUCGGUUCAUGCCUAAAUUAUGUUACUAUGAGAUUGCUUGGAGAAGGAGCUGACGAUGGAGACGGGGCAUUGGAGAAAGCAAGGAAAUGGAUUCUGGACCAUGGUGGUGCUGCUGCUAUAACAUCGUGGGGGAAAAUGUGGCUUUCAGUGCUAGGAGUUUUUGAAUGGUCCGGUAACAAUCCACUUCCCCCGGAAAUAUGGUUACUUCCUUAUAUUCUGCCUUUCCAUCCAGGAAGAAUGUGGUGUCACUGCCGUAUGGUUUAUUUGCCAAUGUCAUAUUUAUACGGGAAAAGGUUUGUUGGUCCAAUCACACCAACAGUUUUGUCUCUGCGGAAGGAGCUCUUUACUGUCCCUUAUCAUGAAGUAGAUUGGAAUGAAGCGCGUAAUUUAUGUGCAAAGGAAGACUUAUAUUACCCACACCCACUAGUACAGGAUCUUCUUUGGGCAACUCUUCACAAGGGUGUUGAACCUAUUUUACAGCGUUGGCCAGCAAAAAGACUGAGAGAGAAAGCUUUAAAUACAACAAUGGAGCAUAUCCACUAUGAAGAUGAGAAUACACGGUAUAUAUGCAUAGGACCUGUUAACAAGGUAUUAAAUAUGUUGUGUUGCUGGGUAGAAGAUCCAAACUCAGAAGCAUUCAAGUUGCACCUUCCAAGAAUUCAGGAUUACUUAUGGGUUGCUGAGGAUGGCAUGAAAAUGCAGGGAUAUAAUGGAAGUCAAGCAUGGGACACGUCUUUUGCAGUUCAAGCAAUUAUCUCUUCGAAUCUUUAUGAAGAAUAUGCCCCAACUUUAGCAAAAGCACAUAACUUUAUUAAAAGCUCACAGGUUUUAGCAGACUGCACUGGAGAUCUUGAUUACUAUUAUCGUCAUAUUUCCAAAGGAGCAUGGCCUUUCUCAACUGCAGACCAUGGAUGGCCUAUCUCAGACUGUUCAGCAGAAGGGUUAAAGGCUGCUCUCUUGUUAUCAAAGCUUCCGUCAGGAAUUGUUGGUGAGCCAAUUGAGGCUUCGCGGUUUUUUGAUUCCGUGAAUGUCAUCCUUUCACUGCAGAAUGAUGAAGGUGGUUUUGCAACAUAUGAACUGACAAGAUCCUAUGCUUGGUUGGAGUUAAUAAACCCUGCAGAAACUUUCGGUGACAUUGUUAUCGACUACCCGUAUGUGGAGUGUACAUCUGCUUCAAUUCAAGCACUAACAACGUUUAAGAAGUUAUAUCCUGGACAUCGGAGCGACGAGAUAAAACAAUGCGUCACCAAAGCUGUUAAAUUCAUUGACAGUAUUCAACUACCAGAUGGUUCAUGGUAUGGCUCUUGGGGUGUCUGCUUCACCUACGGAACCUGGUUUGGGAUAAAAGGAUUGGUGGCUGCUGGAAAGACGUACAAAACUUGCUCUGCUAUCCGUAAAGCUUGUAAUUUCUUGUUAUCGAAACAGGUGGCUUCAGGUGGUUGGGGGGAGAGUUAUCUUUCUUGUCAAAACAAGGUCUACACGAACCUUGAGGGCGACCAAUCUCACACGGUAAAUACAGGAUGGGCUAUGUUGACUCUCAUUGAAGCUGGGCAGGCCGAGAGAGAUGCAACUCCACUGCAUCGUGCAGCAAAGGUACUGAUAAACUCGCAAAUGGAGAAUGGUGAUUUCCCUCAAGAGGCUAUCAUGGGAGUUUUCAACAGGAACUGCAUGAUCAGCUAUUCUGCUUACCGAAACAUUUUCCCGAUAUGGGCCCUUGGAGAAUACCGUUGUCGAGUACUACUGGCCCACUGAAAGAGAAACACAAGAAAAUGAAAACAAGAUCUGCAUUUAUGGACAGUAGCUGUUUAUAACUGUGUUAAUGUUUUCGCUGUCAUAUUAUUAUUGUAUGUUGGAUUCAAAUUUAUUGCACUUCAGUUCUUAACUAGACGAACAGUUCUUUUUAUGUGCCCCUGAUACAUGCUCCA